CAGCGAACGGGAUUUGUGAAGGCCGGGUUUUUCGUUCAUCACUUCGAGCAGGUUGGAAAAUGGCCACAGCGGAUGUGCGGUUGAACCAUACAAUCUACAUCAACAACUUGAACGAGAAAAUCAAGAAAGAUGAGUUGAAAAAGUCUUUGUACGCCAUCUUCUCACAGUUUGGACAGAUUUUGGACAUCUUGGUUGCACGAAACUUGAAGAUGAAGGGUCAGGCCUUUGUAAUCUUCAAAGAGAUAAGCAGCGCGUCCAAUGCUCUGAGAUCCAUGCAGGGAUUCCCUUUCUAUGACAAACCCAUGCGUAUCCAAUAUGCCAAGCAGGACUCGGACAUCAUAGCUAAAAUGAAAGGAACUUAUGUGGAGCGUGACCGCAAAAAGGAGAAGAAGAAGACCAAAGGACCUGAUGCAGCAGGAGCUAAGAAAGGUGUACCGGGAGCUGCUGCACCUAUGGUUGCGGGGGUACCUGCUGCCAUGCCUGGAAUGCCUCCCAUGAGCCAGGCUCCCCGCAUGAUGCACAUGCCAGGCCAGCCGCCCUACAUGCCCCCUCCAGGCAUGAUGCCUCCUCCAGGGAUGGCACCUGGUCAAAUGCCCCCUGGUGCCAUGCCUCCUGGUCAGAUGAUGCCUGGACAGAUGCCUGGACAAAUGCCUCAGCAGGUUGCCGAAAAUCCUCCCAAUCACAUCCUCUUCCUCACCAACCUGCCUGAGGAGACAAAUGAACUCAUGCUCUCCAUGCUCUUCAACCAGUUCCCCGGGUUCAAGGAGGUGCGUCUGGUCCCUGGUCGCCACGACAUCGCCUUUGUGGAGUUUGAGAAUGAAGUGCAGGCUGGCGCUGCACGAGAUGCACUACAAGGCUUUAAGAUCACACAAACAAAUGCCAUGAAGAUCUCAUUCGCUAAGAAAUAACAGCUCUCAGGAGCGGUCAUUUUCUUAUACACACAAAUACAAACGUCUUUUUUAAAAAAAAAAAAAGAGCAGCUGUGACCCGAACUAAGAAACAGUUUUAGAGAUGUACACUUGCCGAUCAGUGCAGCAUGGGUGGUGAAAUUUUUUUCUUUUCUCCAGGAUCACAUGUAAGUAUACUUUAUUUGCAUCAAGUUGCUUUGUUUUAUUGUGCCACAGAGCUCUUGACGUAAAAUAAUUGUCAGGUAAAUUUAUGGAAAGUAGGAGUUCUGCAUCCCACUGAUAAGAAUUUCACAAACCCACAAGCAACUUGAUGUGUGUACCUUUUUUUAAAAAUAUAUAUAUAUUUUUAGGUUUUUUUCCAUAAAGCAUUGCACCCAGAGUCUGGUUUACCAGACAUUGUACCUGGAGCUUUUUCCUUUUUAUAAUUAAAACUUUUCUUUGA